AAUACAAAAGGCGCCAGUGUAGACGCCUCUUUCCCUCGAACCAGAGCUGAUCAGAGUCGCCAUUGAAGCUUCUUGGGAGCUCAAAAGCUUUCAAAUGUGAGAGUUCUGGGACAUCUCGAGUUGGCGAUAAUGCAAAUACCGCAUUCACCCAUCGAUCAUGGACUAUACGAAUGUUUUCACAACUGACGUAAUUCACCCUAGUAGAGAAGCUUUGAUCGAAUGGGUCCGGGAGACCGGUAAGAGGAAUGGAAUGGUGAUUAUAAUUCAAAGAGCUGAUAUAGGUGCUACAAAUAGGAGCAGGCCUAGAAUCACAUUUGUUUGUGAAAGAAGUGGAGCUUAUAGGCAUACGGGGACGGAUAAGGGGGAGGAAGGAAAAAAGAAAAGGAAGAGAAAGGCCACAGGAACCAAAAAAUGUGGCUGCCCUUUCUCUUUGAGGGGUAUCAAGUUGCCACUAGCCGAUGAAUGGAUGUUGGUAGUUAAAUGUGGAACUCAUAACCAUCCAGGAGGUCAGCAUGUUGAGGGACACUCCUUUGCUGGCCGGUUAAGUAUGGAAGAAAUCGGUAUAUUGAUUGACCUGUCAAAGAGUCAGAUGAAGCCAAAGGAAAUCUUGAAUACCCUAAAGGAGAGAGAUGGGCUUAAUUGCACAACAAUAAAGGGUAUAUACAAUGCAAGACAUAAGCAUAAAGUAAACGAAAAUGCUGGUGGGUCACUGAUGCAACAACUCAUGAACAAGUUAAUGGAGUUUAAGUACAUUGAGUGGCAUAGGAAUGAUGAACAUAAUAACUGUGUUAGGGACUUGAUGUUUGCACAUCCUUCAUCCCUUGAGUUGUUACGUGCCUUCCCAAGGGUCUUGAUCAUGGAUUGUACAUACAAAACCAACAAAUACCUAUUACCUUUGCUUGAGGUGGUUGGUGUUACCUCGACUGAGAAGACAUUCUCUGUUGCUUUUGCCUAUCUUGGGUCUGAAAGAGAGGAGGCCUACACUUGGGCAUUGGAGAGAUUGAAGAGUGUGAUUGAUGAUGCCAUGCUUCCACAAGUAGUUAUGACUGAUAGGGAACCAUCCCUUAUGAAUGCCCUCCAAAAGGUGUUCCCAAUGGCUUCAAAUCUCCUAUGCAGGUGGCACAUUUCAACAAACAUCCUCGCAAAUUGCAAAUUUUUUUUUGAGUCAAAGUCAAGGUUGGACGCUUUUAUUUCCAUGUGGAACCUAGUAGUGCUUGCUGAAACCGAAGAUGAGUAUGCAAAUCGCCUUAACCAGUUGGAGUCACACUUUCAUAGAUAUAUACAGGCCAUUAAUUACUGCAAGGAACAAUGGUUGUUGCCGUAUAAGGAGAAGUUGUGGCAGUUUGGACAAACAAAGUCAUGCACUUUGGUAACACCACAGUGAAUAGGGCAGAGUCAACACGUGCAAAACUAAAGAGGCAGCUAGGCUUGUCUCGGGGUGAUAUUGAGAGCUCAUGGCCAAAAAUCCAUUCUCUGCUCGAGUUGCAACACACAGAUAUAAAAACAUCAUUUGAGAUUAGUUUAACAAAUGUGCAACACAACUUCAAAGAUCCAUUAUAUGGUGAGGUAAGGGGAAGUGUUUCGAAGGCUGCAUUGUGCAUAUUGGUAGAUGAAGCAAAUAGAUCUGAGAGUAUUGGAGUGGAUGCCUCUGCUUGUGGGUGUGUGUACAGUCGGACUCAUGGGUUACCCUGUGCCCAUGAGAUAUCUUCAUAUAAGAUUAGAGGUCAACCCAUCCCUUUGGCGUGCAUAGACCCCCACUGGAGAAAACUCGAUCUAGUAUCAGUUAGUGGGAAAAAAGUGCAGGAUGUGAGUUUUACCACUGCCAUGGAACUCUUCUACAAACGAUUUAUGGAUGCUGAUGACAUUGGCAAGCAGCAGUUGGUGAUGAAGUUGAUGGAGUUAGUUAAUUCAACUUCCACCUCCCUUGUUGCACCAAAAGAAAAUGUGAAGACCAAAGAGGGAUGCACAUCUUCAUUUCCAGAGGGCUUGCAGCCGUACAUCAUGCAUGUGAAGGAUGUAGCUGCAGAUGGUAAUUGUGGCUUUCGAGUUAUAGCAUCUGCUAUGGGCAUGGGUGAGGAAGGGUGGCCUCAGGUGAGGAGAGACAUGCUGUUUGAGUUACGCACAUACUGGGCUGAGUAUGCCCAGUUGUUUCGGGAUCCAAUACGGGUUGAUGAGCUUAUUCAUGCACUUGAACACUUUCAGAGUCCUGCUGAUUAUGAUAGAUGGAUGACUAUGCCUGAUAUGGGGCACAUUAUAGCCUCCAGAUACAAUGUUGUCCUAGUUUAUAUUUCAAUGCAGUUGUGCCUUACCUUCCUCCCACUCAGGUCAGCGCCAACACCACUACUAUGCGUAGGGUUUUGUCAAUAGGUUUCAUCAAUGAUAAUCACUUUGUGGAGAUUUUGAUGACAACUGGGGCUCCCAUGCCACCUGUUGCAAAUAGUUGGUCCAAGAGCUGUUAUCCAUGUGCUGAAGGUUGGGCAACUCCAUAUGCUGCAUACAUUAACAUGUUUCGUGGCCUUGUUUCUAAUGAUGUUGCCACACAAGAUACUAUGCAUUUGGAUAGUGAUGGAUGAUUUUUUUUCCUUUUCAAUCUAAUCUCUGCGUAAUUGUAUGGACAUCAAGGAAUGAAAAGUUCACUAAGUAGUUAUCUACUAUAUAUUUAUAAUAUAGAUAGAGUCUAUUACAUAGUUUUUCAGUAAUUCAAAAUAUCUAUGGCUACAAUAAAUCAUUCCUCCACAUGCCUCCUUGUGUAUCACUAAGAUGUACUGUCUGGAUGGUGGAUAGCUGUGGAUGACUCUCCAAUGCUUGCCAAGUAGAGGAUCUCUCUUCUCCUGGACACACCAGUAUAGGUGAUCAAAAGGCUGAAACCUCUUUAGAUGGAUGGAUCUAGUCCCAAUCUCCAAUGCUUGUAUCAUAGCAGUCUGAGUCUGAAUGUGGCUCAUGGGGCUGCUGCUGCUGCAUGGGGAGAGGUGUUGAUGGUGAGGCCUACAUGUAAUCAGACACACAUUCUGAAUGACAAUGGACUGGGCCACCAUGCAUCACAACUUGAGAGAAAUGAUCUCCCCCAUGAUCCCAAAGAUACUCCAUGGUUAGCCUAUAUGAUAUGUUUGUUUGGCACUUGCCUUAUUGUUUAGGAAGAAAUUUAUUUUUAGAGAAUUUACUCAUAUCCCAUUGUUGAGUGAAAUAAGGCUUUUCUUUCUGGAGAAGAAAGGUUUAGACGUGGAAGACUAAAACCCCAUUCCACCGUGUCACAGUGGAUCCAGGUACGCUUCUGACUUAUUUUUCUUGAUGAUUUAAUAUGAUCUUGAUUUUGAAAUUAAAAUAUAAAGAAAAAUAAGUUGAAGUCCUCAGUCUAAAUAGUUUUUUUUAGAGAAUUUACUCGUAUCCCAUUGUUGAGUGAAAUAAGGUUUUUCUUUCUGGAGAAGAAAGGUUUAGACGUGGAAGACUAAAACCCCAUUCCACUGGGUCACAAUGGAUCCAGGUAUGCUUCUGACUUAUUUUUCUUGAUGAUUUAACAUGAUCUUGAUUUUCAGUUAUAACAUAUGAUCUUGAUUUUGGGUUAUAACACAAUCUUGUUGUUUUUGGGCUAUUAAUAUGAGAUCUGAUGUUUGGAUAUUCCUACAAGUAGUUUGGCUAAUCCCUACAGAUAUUUCCCAUUGUUGACUAUCUCGUCUGACAGGGGCUGGUUGUACAUGUUUACCCUUACAGCAGACAAUCCCCGGCAAGUAUGCCUUCAAAUGAGGGAGAAGGGCUUUGCUGCAAGCACUGUUGUCCAGAGAUCAACUCAGGAGAGUCUCCAUGUUAUCAAGUUCUGGCAGGAUUUUGGUAUUGGAACAGAGCAAAGGAAAUUGUGACAAUAAGCAAACAGCUCCAGCAAGGGUCAUGGAGUCUCUACUUCCACCAUUUCCUCAAUUGCCAUUCUGGAGAAAUGGCAACAGCAUGAAAAAGUGAAAGCUUCAAAGGUGAGAUUGUGUUCAUUCUUUUGUUCAAUUUUUCUGUUCUAUUUCCAUAUUGUCCUUGGAGUCUUGGACACAGCAUUGUUGUGAUAUGUUAGAAGCCCAUAUCUGAUUCUUUGGUGCGGCUAUGGGGCUUAGAUGCAGUACUACUUUUAUCCAUAAAAUGUUUAGCAUUUCAUUUUUCCUUUUUUUUUUUGGUCUCCUUAACUGGGUGGGUUUGAUAUACUCCUUAUUGUGGCUUAUCAGUGAAUUUGCUUUUAUUUUUUUGUUUUUUAUUUUUAAAUUUUUAGUGAAGGAAGGUACUCUUCUAUUCACUCUUUUUUCAUUAGAUAGUCUAUCAUUCAUCUGUGACUACUGACUGGGUAUAAGCAAGAAACUGCUACCAGGCGAGAGACUAUUUGAGUAAGGCGGUCCAUGUUCUCAGUCCCUUAUAUCAUAUAAACCGACCUGUUAGAGCAUCAUCCAACAGCAUGGAAGUGGGUUGUUGGCUUGUGGCAGUGGUUAUGUUAUCUCUUCUUUAGCUCUCAUACUUGUGCCCUUCAUGGGGUUCAUUAUUUGGCUGCUGUCAUCCACCCUCAUGCAGCAGUGAGGUUCAUGCCUUCUGCCAAGUUGAUAUCCACUGGCAUGGCAUCAGGACUGGAGAGAAACUUGGCCGGAUUGGUUGAUGUGUAGUGGGCUAUCCUGGAACUGCCAUUUCUGGGGCUCGGGGGCCGAAUGGGCGGGGAUAACCAAUCACCUGUCCGACAGAGGCUGGUUAUAUCUGUUUCACUCUCACAGCAAACAACCUCACAAAUAUGCCUCCAAUUUAGAGAAAAGGGCUUCCACCUCCACAACUGUUGUCCAAAGAUCAACUGAGGAGAGUGUUUUGAUUCUCCAACGAAGUGGUUCCUGCUAGAGUGUUGGAGUCCCUGCUUUCCCCAUUUUCUCAGUGACAAUGCUGCAGAAAUGGAAGCAGCAGCAGAUAUAUAGCUUGAAAGCUUAGACCUGUGACAUUGAGCUGAGAUCCUCGUUUUCUCUUCAAUUUUUCAGUUCUAUUUCCGGAAAAUCUAUUUCAGAUUUGGUGUAUGCUACGGGAUUACUAUUUGGCUUGAUUAAAUCAAUUUUAUUUUUUCAUAAAUUAUUUA